AACAGACAUAAAGGAACAAUAAUAUAGAUGGAGGCAAUAAUUUAUGCGCGAUAAAGUUGCGCGUGACUGGAAAAUGGCGGAAAUAACUGAUUACAAACCGAUGGAUGAAACGUCGUGAUCACUGUCUUACUCCUGUUCAAAAUAGUAAUAUGAAUUCAUUUGACGUUAUCGAGGAUGAUAGUAUUUCUAUUUAUGAAAUUCUUAUUGCAUUGAUACAAGAUUCGAUAAUUUCUAUAAACAUACAACGAAUUACCAUGGGCACUGUAUUUCUGAUUAUCGCCAUUAUGUCGAGUUUGCUUUACCGAUUUAGAAAACGAGAUCACAUAAUACAAAGUACUACAGAAAAUGGCACUAAGUAUUCUAAAAAAGAAAUUGACAUAGAUGCAGUAAUUAGAAGUAAAAUUCUACUUAACCACAGGAAUAUUCACGCAGAGUUAUAUGCUGUCGCUAGUAAAUGCUAUAACGUUCAUUGCGCCAUUAGAUGUAUUGAACUUGUCAAUUAUUGUCCACACUUAAUGAAUGUUAAACGCGAAUUUACGGGAUUUACGCCAUUUCAUUGUGCCUGUUACUAUGGUCACACAUGCUUAGUGGAGUAUAUGUUAUCAAAAGGAGCUAAUCCUGGAUUAAAAACAAAAGAUGGAAAAAAUGCUAUUUGUAUAGCUUUUUAUCAUUUUAUAAAUAACCCGUCGAAGAAAGAUUUCUCGUGUCUAGAUGUUCUUUAUCAAGCAGGGUGCAAUUUUGAUUUUGACAAUGGAUGGUAUCAUUACUUUUUGAAAAUUGUCAGACAAACUCACAACAAACGUCUGAUGAAUUGGUUGUUGAUUUACGGACAGACACCAAAGGUUAAAAAUACGGAAACUUAUUAGAAUGAAGAGACAUUCAAACGUAGGAAGCGUCGAUUAUUAUCCUAAAUUAAGAUACUCGUUUCCUCAGGUAAUAUACUUAUUCAUGUAAUUUAAAGGGUGAUAUUAUGGCAGACUCUAACAUUAAUUUUUUCUUCAUCAGUUUUGGUUUGGAUGCUGGACCGAUGUUGUAUUAACUUUAAUCGGAUUACUAGCUGCAAUUUUAAGU